GCCGGAGGCGGCCGUAGCGUCGUCAGGUGACAGCCCGGAAGCUGCGGAAGCGGAUGAAGCAGAGCGGUGGUCGCCCCGUGGGGCUGCGCGGAGGUGAGGGAGCUGGACGACGGCCUCCAGGCCCGCGACUCGGCGCACAUGCGGCGCUCGGGCUGACAACUGAAGGCCGCCGCUCUGGGUCGUGCGGGCCGGCCUCGGCGGUUGGAGUCGCGGUGCGGGCCUGCGGCGGACACCCAUGGAGAAGGCUGGCCGUGAGGGCGACGGCGCCCCCUGCGGGCCCGUCCUGCACAUCGUGGUGGUCGGCUUUCACCACAAGAAGGGCUGCCAGGUUGAGUUCUCUUACCCACCACUAAUUGCGGGAGAUGGACAUGACAGUCACACUCUACCUGAAGAAUGGAAGUAUUUGCCUUUCCUCGCCUUACCAGAUGGUGCACAUAACUAUCAGGAAGAUACUGUGUUUUUUCACUUACCACCCAGAAAUGGAAAUGGAGCCACAGUAUAUGGUAUCUCUUGCUAUCGACAAAUUGAAGCCAAGGCAUUAAAAGUAAGGCAAGCCGACAUCACCAGAGAGACUGUUCAGAAAAGUGUCUGUGUUUUGAGCAAGCUGCCUCUUUAUGGCUUACUUCAAGCAAAACUUCAACUCAUUACACAUGCAUAUUUUGAAGAGAAAGAUUUUUCCCAAAUUUCUAUUCUAAAGGAACUCUACGAGCAUAUGAACAGUUCCUUAGGAGGGGCCUCAUUAGAAGGAUCUCAGGUGUAUCUUGGUCUGUCUCCUCGAGAUCUUGUCCUUCAUUUUCGACACAAGGUCUUGAUCCUGUUUAAGCUAAUUCUUCUUGAAAAAAAGGUUCUUUUUUACAUUUCUCCAGUGAAUAAAUUGGUGGGUGCACUAAUGACCGUGUUAUCCCUUUUUCCAGGAAUGAUUGAACAUGGACUCAGUGACUGUUCUCAGUAUAGACCCCGAAAGAGUAUGUCUGAAGAUGUUGGGCUUCAGGAAAGUAAUCACCCUGUAGAUGAUUUUAUUUCUGGAUCAACUUCUGAUAUUUCAAAUACCAGCAUGGGAACUGUCACAAAAAUCAUUUCAGGAAACCAUGGAGGAGACACUGUCCUUCAUACGGAGCAGCGUUGCUUCCAAGUAGAAGACAACAACAACAAAGAGCAGGAACCCAAUGAUACUGGCCGCUAUUUGAAACUCCCACCUCGUCCAUCUCCAGAGUCUUCAGAAAGUGACUGGGAAACUUUGGAUCCUAGUGUUUUAGAGGACUCAUCUUUGAAAGAAAAGGAACAGAUGAGGUCAGACCAGACAAACUUAUUUCAGAAAGACUCUGUGCCCUCAGACAGUGCUCCAAUUACUGUACAACCUCAAGCUAACACCAGGCAGGUAGUCCUUAUACCAGGACUCAUUUCUGGUUUGGAAGAGGAUCAAUAUGGCAUGCCUCUGGCCAUUUUUACAAAGGGAUAUCUGUGUUUGCCUUACAUGGCAUUGCAGCAGCAUCAUCUUCUCUCUGAUGUCACUGUUCGGGGAUUUGUGGCUGGAGCUACUAACAUCCUUUUUCGACAACAGAAGCACCUCAGUGACGCCAUUGUGGAAGUAGAAGAAGCACUGAUCCAGAUCCACGAUCCAGAACUUAGGAAGCUGCUUAACCCAACCACUGCAGACCUGAGGUUCGCAGAUUACCUAGUGAGGCACGUGACUGAGAACCGGGAUGAUGUCUUCCUGGAUGGCACAGGCUGGGAGGGAGGUGAUGAAUGGAUCCGGGCCCAGUUUGCAGUCUAUAUCCAUGCUCUGCUGGCUGCUACACUGCAGUUAGAUAAUGAAAAGAUGUUAUCAGACUAUGGGACAACUUUUGUUGCCGCCUGGAAGAAUACUCACAACUACAGGGUAUGGAACAGCAAUAAGCACCCAGCACUUUCAGAGAUAAACCCAAACCAUCCUUUUCAAGGCCAGUACUCGGUGUCAGACAUGAAACUCAGAUUCUCACAUUCUGUUCAGAACAGUGAACGUGGCAAAAAAAUUGGUAAUGUCAUGGUCACAACCAGCCGGAAUGUGGUACAAACAGGAAAAGCUGUUGGCCAGUCAGUGGGAGGAGCUUUUUCCAGUGCAAAGACAGCUAUGUCUUCAUGGCUGUCUACUUUUACCACAUCUACCCCUCAGAGUCUUCCUGAGCCACCCAACGGGAAGCCCUGAAGCCAACAGCAGAAGUUACUGUGUUCUCUGAAGGGUAAUGCUCCCUCCUCAUCUGCUGCUCCUAGGGUCUCCUCUGUCUACGAGUCCAUACCCAGGGAGCAAGAUAACAAACUGUUUACAUGGACAGUUGCACUCUGUCUAAAUGAAUGUUACAGGAUGCUGAACAGAUGAAAUCACAACCAUAGCAGGAAUGGCUUUCCAGGUUGGGGGUGAAAUCAACUACUUUUACUUUAUUCUGAGCCUAAUUAAUGCACACAAUGAACCUUCUAGUGAAUUUUAAGUUCUGAAAUUGUACAUUUGUUUAGAAUUUUUGCAUAUGUAUAUUUUGUUCUAUUUUGCUGUUUAAAUAUUUAGAUGGUCAUAGUAAUUUAUAUUGCCUAAAAUUAAGUUAUAUUACUAUUUUACUUUCUCUGAAGUUAACCCUAAAAUGUACUUGUAAAGUGUAGGGAAUGUGCAUUCCAGCCUAUAUUAUUUUGCUGAGUUCUAGGGUGAAGUUUUGUGGGGGUGGGGCGUGAAGGGGGCCUUCUACCCACUCAACACAUUUACCAGCUCAUUUCUUCCCAGAGCUGUGAAAGUCAAGAGGGAAAAACUCUGAGGAUAAGAUGUCAUUUCAGAUGAAUUUCUUUCUGACAAAGUUGAUGUGAGGCAGCAGAGAUGCCACUCUGCAUCCCUCCUCCUGGCUGUGACUGUGCAGGCAGUGGUGGCUCAGCAGCACUGAAGGGUUGGCACAUGGCUGUAGGGCAGUAGUUUAAGGACUCGCGUGCUAGCAUGAUGAGCCUCAGUUACGCUGCAGUCUUAAUCAGCAGCACUUGGUUAUCUAAAAUGUGUGCCUUGUUUCUUGUCAAUGGUUGUCCAUUGGAUCUGGGCAGAUCUGCAGGCUUUCUCUUAGUCUUACUCUGCACUGAGCCUUUCAAAGGUACUUGACUUUCCUACUUCCCUGACUGAAAAGCCUCUUUUAGUCAGUUCUACUACCUUCAAAAGACAAAGUGACCAAUAAAGGUUAAGUGUAAACCGCAACUUAGCUCACAUUUAGAAAACCAAGAAGUGGGCCAAGGAAAUGAUUUAGUGAGUAAAAGUGCUGAAUGUGCAAGCCUGACAACCUGAGUUCAGAUCCCUGGAGCCCACAUGAAAGGCCACAUCUAUAAUCCAGUGUUCCUGCAGUGAGAUGGGAGGCUCACAAGCCAGCUGGCCUGGAGUGUGCAAUGAAUUGGCAGAAGCAAGAGAGACCCUGCCUCAAAACAAGGUGGAAGGCAAGACCCAACUCCUGAAGGUUAUCCUCUGACCUCUGUGUGGGCAGUGUGUCGUGUACAUGCUUACACGCACAUGCGCACACGCACAUGCACACACCUCAAAUGAUAGAAAGGUCAGAAGCACGAGAAUGAGCCCAUAUCCAUGCCAUGAGUCACUUGGCUGGUAAAGUUUAUAUUACUGCAGACACGAAUUGGCCAGCCUCUCACAAUUUGUACACAGCUGGAGCUUAUGUGUUUAUCAUUUAUAACUGUCAUUUGCUUUUCAGGGGAUUUUUAAUGGGUGUUCUCAGGGACUACUUAUGGGGAGCAGUCUGCCUUUAGUAACAGAAGACAUGUGGAAUAACCAUUAUAUUUACAUUUGAUUUAACAAGCAGUGGGAAAAUAAGGGGCCUAAUUAAGGACACUGAUUAUAUUUCAUCCAUUCCUUAUAAGGUGCCCUAUAGACUAUGUAAAGAACACAGGGCAUAAUCUAAUAUCUCUAUAACUUUGCAAUUUGAACUUUACACAAAAUACAAACGACUUCUAGUUGAGCAUAAUAACUCAAAGAAUCCAGUGACAGUUGAUUAAUGGGAGAUAAAUAAAUUGAUUAAUGGGAGGACACCAUUCAUUUGCUUCAGCCAGGGAAUAUUUGAAAAGAGAAGAAGCAAAGCCACACUAAACUGCAAGGCUUUUUCAUCAGUGUUGUGCCGAGACUGUUGGGAUUCUUAGAUGUUCUUCAUGUGGCUGCAGCAUGAUGACGUCCUGUGGUAGUUGAUAUUGCUAGGAGCCCUGCCUGCUUAGCCAGUAAGGUGAUAAUUCUUUAGUUUCACCAGGUUUAUAUGACUGGGUAAAUGCUUGCUGUCACUUAAAAGCAAUGCAACACUCACCUUGGAAUAUGCUUGAGGAAAAAAAUUAAAUGAAAUUUAAUGCUGCUUUUGUAUCACAUUUCCAUUUGAGUGUAUGUAUGGGUCCCCCAGCAUAGGAUCUCACAGUCUUACUACACAGGUCUCUAAAUUGCCAUCCUCCUGCCUCUGUCUCCCAAAUAACUGGAAUUAUAGAAUCUUACCAUUCUGUCAGGCUUAAGUGUAUAUUUUAAUUUAAUCUUAAUGUAUAUUAAAACUUAACUCUUAAAAUGAUCACUUAACUGGCUUUCAGCAUAAAAUAACUGGGAAUAUAAAACAUCUUAGAAUAGUCAAAAGACCAUAUGUCUACUUCCUUCAGGUUUAGGGAAACAUUGACUUUUCAAGGGCCAUGGACCAUUUUGUUGUUGGCAGAGGCACUGCUGUAGCCAGUGCUGUAGCCAGUGAACGGGAGAUAAGGCCCUAGCCCAGGAGUCCCGCACACCAGUGAGAGAGACUAACUGAUGAGUAAUCUCCAAACCCUGGCACGGGAGCCCUGGAACCAGUAGCAGGCCUUUUGACUUUUGCCCCCAGAGAUGUGUCUGUUGGAGCCCACGCUUUCUCUGGUGAUCAACAAUGCUUUUGUGUUUAAGAACUGAGUGUAACUAGGGCCUGAGGGAGCAAAAGUCAACCAACAUUUUUCAGGUUUACGGGAUGCAGUCAUUAGCAGUAGCUGCACUGCUGUCCAGGUGGUUUUAAGGAAGCCAUUACAUUCCUAGCAUAAUGACAGUGACAUUGAUAAGGGAGAGAACUAAAGCCGUGAGUGUGUGGACUAGAUGAGUAGAGAUUCUGAAGCUGUAUAUAGCAGAUGGAGAGCAAUUUUAUGUGUACAUUUGAUUCAUAACCAAUAUAAACUGUCCAACCCCAAAUCCAUUCGUGAUUCACUAGCUCCCAAGCUUAAGAGCAAUUCUCCUCGCCUUUUGAAUGAAGAGGAGCUUUCUUGAACGCAAGAAGGGCUUCCUCAAUCCUGUUGCUUUCCAGGUUUUGCACUAAGCAGUUACUGUUUUUUAGAAUAGCUUUCCUUAGAAAUUUAAGAAGAAAGCAAAUUAAGAAAAAAUGGGGUAUUACAUGGCUGGGGAACCGGGCACUUAAAGUUUGAAUAUGAGUAUUUUGACAUCAGUAUUUAACCUACUUAAGGUAUGAGUUCUUUAGAGAGAAGUUAGAAUUGUAAUCAGCUGUUUACAUUUCUAAGUAAAGUUGUAACAUUCUUUUUCUGGUAGUCAGGUUUUAUUGAAGCUAUAUAUCCUAUGGAGACCCCUUUCCCUCCCAUGUUGGUAAGUUUGGAAGUCCUGCAGGUCAGCAUCCUGAUCUAUGUACCACAGGCAGAUGUCUGCUGCAGCUUCCACAAAGGGCAGCCUGCUAGGGCAGAAGCUGUUAGCUCUGGUCUUUGGUGCUAACUGCACCAGCCUGUUAGUGUAUUGGGACAUUGCUUGAGAUUCCUGAGUGGCACCAUUUACACACUCUGGUUCUUUGAUGAAAAAUAGCCCAGGAUUCAUGGAUUUCCAUGCCAUCUCUUGGUAGCCUUUAGCUGUGACAAAAUACUCCUCAAAACACUUAACAAUGAUCAUCAUUCCUCAUAACAUAAUGUGCUGCUAAGACUUUGUCAUUCCAAGUCUUAUGACUUCAUUGCUUUGAAAUUGCUUUUUCAUAAUUUCCAACAUUCCACAAACUUUUUUCAGAGAGAGAAAAGACAUGUGCAUCUUUAUUUUUUCAUAUAAAAUAACUUCAUAAAAAUGACUUUCUACAUUAUGAAGAAGAAACUGGUUCCCGUGUAUGGUAUAACACUCCAAAAUUAAAAGGUUGUGCAUGUCUAAGGGGUUGGAUAUAUUUUGUAAAGCUCUAAAUACGUUUGUAUUUCUGUGCUGUUCAGAAAUUUACCUUUUUACUUAUACUGAUUAAAGAUAUAGAGAACUAUAUAUUUAAAUCAUAUAAAUGGAACACAAUUAAAGGGGUUUCCAAUCUUGUUUCUCAUCAACUUCUCAUGCACAUAGUUUGCUGCUCAAAUUUCUGUUGUGUGCAAUAAAAACAUUUGAACAUUUCAAGUGAGGUACUGAGCCAGAAAAGGUCAUUGAAGUUUUCAGAAAACUGUGCUUAGAAAAUAUUUUAUUUUCUUGAAAUACUGUUCUUUUAUAGAUGGAAAAAAACAAGAUUAAGCAUUGCAUGUUUUAGUCCACUUGAUCAUCAGUGUCUACAUAUAGGAAGCAUUCGAUUGAUGACUUGGUGAAGGUACUUAGUGGUUGGGAAGUAGUUUCUAAGGAAGUUUAGCUAUAGCACAUAUUUUAUCAGACAAAUGGCUUCCCUUUCCUCUAGUAAUUUUGUAGUUUGUGCUGGUUCAUUUCUGUUGUCGUUUGUUUCUUAAAGAAUAUUCAAGUUAUAAUCAUGUCUAAUCAUGCUGAACUAUAGAGAUUCUAUUGUACCGUUAUUUUAAGCAAAACCUGAUAAUAAAAUUAUCCUGUUUUUCUUGCACACUUGC